AUGGGCCACAAUGUCACCGAAGGAGCGAUCGUCCAGCACUUGGCGAAGCUGCGCGCUCGCCGAGCUGCGACAGGCAAGGAUGUCCCUCCACCCCUUCGACGUGGCGGAGUUGGUGCCGCUAUCAAACCGUCUAAGCCUACCACCACCGGAUCAAAGCGCAAGGCCCACAAAAGCCCGUCGGGAAGCGAUGACGAGUCGUCCAUACAUUUUGAAUGCGAUGACGCCUCUUCGGACGAGGAAUACACUGAGAAACGUCGGUCCAAGAGAAAGCCUAAAAUGGCCAAGAGGCGCGGGUCGACUCCAAUCAAAGUAGAGUCCGAUUCGGAGCAAGACAAGCGGGAGGAAGUCAGUGCAAGCUCUGAGGAGCUGCUGGUGCCGGGUGCUUCGUUUCUCGAUUUCCCAAACAGUAACGUUUCGGAUGACUCUUCAGUGGAGUCUAGUCCCAGCCCCGUCGAAAGAUCUAAAAUCGUUGUCCUCAAGUAUAGACGCCAGACUGAAGAAAACCAGGAGUCGCUUUUUGGAGGCGAGGAAGAAGAAGUUGCCCUCCCCCCGGCCGAAGCAGGUGGAGCGGACCUGGAUGUUAUUGGCAACAAUAGGAGUGAGCCGGGGUUUAAUUUCAAUGUGGAUCAGCCAUUGGUCAAUCCUGAAAUCAAUCCUGAAGUCGACCCUGACUAUUUGCUGUUUCAGCCUUUUGAGAACAUGCCUGAGGGUUCAUAUAUAACUCAUGACGGCAUCACGUAUGAACCGACGCCCCUGCAGAAUGGCAGCGAGCUCCCCACUGGACUGAUGGGGGAAGGUUAUUUCCUGAAUGAUCCCACAUUCAGUUAUCAAGACUUGCUGGAGACCGACGGAAACCUAAACUUUUAUUGA